AUGCGUGAUCACAAAUCAAGGAUUGUUUUAUUCUUAGAUCUUCCCCAAUUUGUGUUCCCUGAGGGUUAUAAUACUUCCACAGGGAUGAAACGAUUGCGCGAUGAUGUAUUUAGUAACAACUCUCAAUUCAAGCGGCCAUUUGUUUCUCCUCGAGGGGAACCACCAUAUGGUCAACCUCAUGUCCCUGGAGAUGAAGGAGUAGGGGAGGUAGGGGGAGGGGCGGGUGCAGGAGGAGGAGGAGGUGGCGGUGGUGGUGGCGGCGGCGGGGCAGGAGGUGGUAGUAGUGCACAAAAACUCACCACCAAUGAUGCAUUAACAUAUCUAAAAGAAGUUAAAGACAUGUUCCAUGACCAAAGAGAAAAAUAUGACAUGUUUCUUGAUGUAAUGAAAGAUUUCAAAGCUCAAAGAAUCGAUACUACUGGUGUUAUCGCAAGGGUCAAAGCAUUAUUUAAAGGGCACAAUAAUUUAAUUUUUGGGUUCAACACUUUUUUGCCCAAAGGAUAUGAAAUUACUGUAAUUGAAGAGGACGAGCCUCCACCAAAAAGAACAGUAGAGUUUGAAGAGGCUAUAAGCUUUGUAAACAAAAUAAAGAAUCGUUUCCAAAACGAUGAUCGCGUUUACAAGUCAUUUUUGGAAAUCUUGAACAUGUAUCGAAGAGAACACAAGGGCAUCAAAGAAGUCUACCAUGAGGUUGCCUCACUUUUUGAAGAUCAACGCGAUCUUCUUGAUGAAUUCACAAGAUUUUUACCAGAUGCUUCUGCACAUCAUGCUUCACUUGGUAGACAUUCUUAUAACCGUUAUGAUGAACGAAGCUCAGCUAUGACUCCACUCAAACAAACACAAUUAGACAAGCAACGAAACCGGAGAGAUAGGGGCAUUGUUUCACAUGCUGAUAGGGAUCUUGAAAACCGUGAUAUUGAUGAAGAUGAUAAAACAGCAAUGAGACUUCAAAAAGAUCAAAGAAAGAGAUCUGAGAAUCAGAAUAGGAGAAAUUCUGAUCAAGAUUAUAAAGAGACUCAUCUUGAUACUAAUAACAAGAAGGAUGACAUGAUUCGUCUUGAAAAAAGAAAAUCUGAAGAUUUUGGAGUCCAUUCAGGUUCUGCUCCAUAUGGUGAUAAAGAUGCCCUAAAAAAUAUGUACAGUGCAGAAUUUAGUUUCUGUGAGAAAGUGAAGGAUAGGUUACGUAAUCAUGAUGAUUAUCAAGCAUUCUUGAAGUGUCUUCAUAUCUACACCACUGAUAUAAUUACAAGAAAGGAAUUGCAAAGCUUGGUUUCUGAUCUACUUGGAAAGCACCCGGAUCUUAUGGAAGGGUUUAGAACAUUUUUGGGGGGAAAUAUAGAUGGAUUUCUCGCCGGUGUUAUGGACAAAAAAUCUUUAUGGAAUGAAGGGCAUGCAUCGAAAUCAACUAGGACAGAUGAGAAAGAGAGGGAUCAUAAUGCUGCAAAAGAGGACAAAUACAAAGAGAAAUAUUGGGCAAAAUCUAUUCAAGAACUCGACUUAUCUGAUUGUCAACGUUGUACUCCUAGUUACAGACUUCUUCCUGAUGACUAUCCAAUCCCAUCAGUUAGUCAAAGAUCAGAACUUGGUACUCAAGUGUUAAAUGAUUUAUGGGUGUCUGUGACUUCUGGUAGUGAGGAUUAUUCUUUUAAACAUAUGCGUAGAAACCAAUAUGAAGAGAGUCUCUUCAGAUGUGAGGAUGACAGGUUUGAACUAGAUAUGUUGUUGGAAUCUGUAAGUUCAACUGCAAAACGUGUUGAGGAAUUAUUGAACAGCAUUAACAACAAGACAAUCACUCCAGAAACUCCCAUCCGUAUAGAAGACCACUUCACUGCUCUGAAUUUGAGAUGCAUGGAGAGAUUAUAUGGUGAUCAUGGUCUUGAUGCCAUGGAAACACUUAGAAGAAAUCCAUCAGCUUCAUUGCCUGUUAUGUUAAAUCGCCUCAAACAGAAACAAGAUGAGUGGACAAAAUGUAAAUCAGAUUUUAAUAAAGUUUGGGCUGAAAUAUAUGCAAAAAAUCAUUACAAAUCACUCGAUCACCGAAGCUUCUAUUUCAAGCAACAAGAUUCAAAGAAUCUCAGCAUAAAAUCAUUGGUGAGUGAGAUUAAGGAAAUAAAGGGAAAGAGUCAGACAGAUGAAGAUAUUCUUCUUUCCAUUGCUGCUGGAAACCGACAUUCCAUCAUGCCAAAUCUUGAAUUUGAAUAUUCUGAUAAUGAUAUUCAUGAAGAUGCAUUCAAACUUAUUAAAUAUUCAUGUGAAGAGAUUUGCACAACAAAAGAACAAUCCAACAAAGUUUUGAAUCUUUGGACAAGUUUCUUGGAAGCAAUGCUUGGUGUCCAAUCACGAGAUGAAUGCAGUGUGUCAGAUUCAGGAAAGGGUAUUUUGGUAAAUGGAGAUACUACUUUGGUAAAGGAAGAUGGGCUUCAAGUUCAACCAGACAAACAGGGUGGGCGUGAGGCGACUACUAGACCAAGUAAUGCUACUGAAAAUGGUCAUGAAGCAAAGUCAAAUAUUCAUGAGGUUCCUGUGUCACAGAAAUUGCAGCCCAUGGAUAGUAGUAGUAUAAGAUGUAUAACAAUGGGAAAUGGAAAUCCUGGUGAGUCAUCAAAAGUGGAGAAAGAAGAGGGGGAAUUAUCACCUAAUCAUGAUUCAGAUGAGGUCAAUUUUUCAACCUAUCAAGACAAUGAGAAUGGGACACAUAAAGGGGAAUUGGAAGCAGAUGGUGAGGAUGAAGACAGUGAAGAUGUUUCCGGUGGCGGUGAUGACAUCUCCGGCGAUGAAUCCGGUGGUUCCAGGGAGGAGGAGCAUGAGGAUGAGGAGGAGGAGGAAUGUAAACCGGAAAGUGAAAGAGAAGGGAAUGGAAUUGAGGAUUCCGUGUAUUUAUUACCACCAUCUGAGCAUUUUUUACGGACCGUUAAGCCCUUGGCGAAAUGUGUAGCUUCUUCUUCUUCUUCUUCAAGUGGUGGUGAAAAAAAAGAUUCCCGUGUUUUUUACGGGAAUGAUGCGUUUUAUACACUUUUUAGGCUUCAUCAAGUAUUAUACGACAGACUUUUAUCUGCAAAGCUCAAUUCAAUAUCAGCUGAAGCAAAACGAAAAACCACAAAAGAUUCUUCCCCUUCUGAUCUUUACUCCAUAUUUAUGACCUCUCUUUACAAAUUACUUGAUGGUGUUGCUGACAAUGCAAAAUUCGAAGACGAUUGUCGCGCCAUUUUUGGAAAUCAAUCAUAUAUUUUAUUCACAUUGGAUAAACUAAUUUACAAAAUCGUCAAACAGCUUCAAAGUGUUGUAGGUGACGAGAUCGAUAAUAAACUUCUACAAUUAUAUGAAUACGAAAAAUCUCGAAAACCCGAGAAAUUUAUCGAUUCGGUAUAUUACGAAAACGCCCAUGUUGUCCUUCAUGAUGAGAAUAUUUACAGAUUUCAAUGUUCAUCUUGGCCUUCUCGUUUGACUAUUCAACUAAUGGAUGAUGGGAUUGAAAAACCAGAAGUGGUUCCAGUUUCUGUAGAUUCUAAUUUUGCAGCUUAUCUUCAUAAAGAUUUUCUUUCUGCUGUUAAUGCAAAAAAACAAUCGGGCAUUAUGUUGAAAAGAAAUAAAAGGCGAUUCAUGGAGAUGGAUGAAUCUUGUGCUUUAUCGGUUGCCAUGGAAGGUGCUCAUGUGGUGAAUGGUUUGGAGUAUAAGAUGUCUUGUUGCUCAUCAAAGAUAUCGUAUGUUCUGGAUACAGAAGAUGACUUUUUUCGAGAAAGACGAAAAAGUCCAUCAUCAUGUGGGAAUAAAAGUCAAACAAAUGUAGAAAGGUUUCACAGAUUCUUAGAUGCCUCACUAGCAAAAGAGUAGAGGGGCUUAGUUUAGGGUUUGUUCACUUGUGUACAGAGAUUGUUAAUUUGAUAAUUUGGUAUACGAUAACAUUAAGAACAAUUUUGUUACUUAUAAGUUAAUUUUAUUUUAUUUUUUAUUUUUGCUAA